AUGGCGCCAGGUACCCGACGCGCGAAUCGUAGCGGCUACGCUGAGCACGACGAUUUCGAAGGCUUGCCCGUGCGACAAUGGCGACAGGACUGGGUGACGGUCGCACCACCUGACCAGCAGGAGCAGCAGCAGCAGAACGACAUCUGGGCGAUUGAGCUCAUCCACGGAAUGCCCAAAGAUGCCACGCUGCUUCCCCUCCACACCCAAGAGCUGCUCCGUGCCGCGAGAUCAGGCCGGCUGUAUAAGCGACCCCCGCCGCCCGAGGAGGAAGACGCCGAGGCCGAGGCUGCACCCGAGAAGCAGGAGAAGAAGGAGGAGGAGACAGUGGCGACCGGGUUCUCGGUCAAGUUAUGGAAGCAGUUGCCUAGAAGCUCCGAGGACACUGGGUUGUCACAUCUGGCUAAGCGUCGCAAGGGGACAAUCACGAUCGCGAGCAAAACUGUCCAUGAGAAAGCUGUUGGUCCCACUGUUACGAGGGCUACGGUCCGGAGAAUGGACGCUGCGGGCAAUCCAUACACAGAGGAGGUCACUUUGGCCGACGGGCAGCAGGUCCAAGGCGAAAUCAUCUCCACCAGAGUUGAAGCUGCGCCGGUCGGACAGCCUGAGACCUUCCAACAUGCGCCGCCGCCACCACCAGCCAGGAAAAGGGCACCUCCUCCUAAGAGGAAGAGGGCCGGUCCUGGACGUGGUAAAAAGAAGGGCAAGAUUCCGCUACCCGGAGCAGUGCAACCCGCUGGAGUCGUUCCUGGUGCCAAUGGGCUUUCUGCCCCCAAGCCAGAUGGCUUACCCAACGACGCCAAGUCUGCAAGUGAAGCUCCCACGAACCAUGACAGCGAAAUGGCCGACGGCGAUGAAAACGACGAGGACGAGGACGAGGACGACGAGGGUGAUGAGGGUGAUGAAGGCGAAGAAGGCGAAGGCGAAGACACUCCUAGCGUGCAGCAGCGGGACAGCGCACCAGUCGAUGAAGGGCCUCAUUUGGACAAGGAAAUGAAGGACGCAGCUCCUGCUGUUGAGGCCCCCGAAUCGAAAGAAGAGCAAAUGGAUGUUGAGAUGGAAGAUGCCACCUUGGCUCCGCCCCCCGCAGACCUGCCGAAGCCUCCUGCUCUGGCAUCAGCGCUUGCUGAGGCUUCCGUCUCCUCGCCUAAGUUAGAGGGGAGCCCUCUCAAGAACGAGGUUCUGCCACCACCAGAAUCAAAGUCGGCAGAUGAAGCCACCCCAGUCUUGUCAGCUACCGACGACGCACCAACAGAGCCCCCGAAAGACCAAGCAGAGGACAAUGAUCCAAAACAGGAGCCGGAAGAAUCCCAACAUGCACCAGCUUCUGUUGUAGACUCAUUACCAGAACCUAAGGAGGUUACUCCUGAGGCCAGAGUGGAACCAUCGACGGACGCGCUUCUACCGCCGCCCCCUGAUCAGGUGGGAAAUAUUUCGUCACCGAAUGCAUCUCCAAAGGAUGAGAGUGCUCCGGACCACUCUUCCUUAUCUGGGGACAAAGCGCAUGAUGACGAGGGCCGUGGUGGGGAGGAUUUGUCGGAUAAGCCAACUCAUGAGCACUCUGAUUUGAUGUCAGUUGACGAUCCAAUCAAGCCUGAAGAUUCAGUCUCGAUGGGAGUCCCUAGAACCGAAUCUGGAGCUCCUUCAGAAGCUGCUACAGGAUCCGUAGGAGGCACAACUGAGCUCGAAUUGAAGGCGGAACAUUCCUCAGCGCCGUCCCCAGAGAAGCCCCUGGAGCAACCGUCAGAACAGUCACCUGAACAAGCCUUGGAGCAGCUGCCCGAGCAGCCCUCUGAACAAAACCUCGACCAGCCCCUGGAGGAACCACCCGCACAGUCUGCCGUGCAAGCUCCCGAGGAGAGCUUAGAGCAGCUGCCAGAUCAGGCUUCUGAGCAACCUCAACCUGCGUCCGACGUACCGGCCGUGGCCCUGGAGGCCUCGGUAGAAGAGACUCCCCAAAUAUCUGAGCCAGUCCAAGAGGAGUCAGACUUACUUGAUGGCCUCAUGGGCGAGCUGGACCGAGAAGCAUCGAAGACUGCAGCAGCUGGCGCCGAGUCUGCUGGCCCAACCCCCGUAGAAGUGGUCCCCGAGCCCGCCCCCGCGGCAGGCGUAUCUGAAGACACCGUUCUCAAGUCGCCUACCCCUGACAAGGAGCUCAAGACAGAGCCAGAAAGUGAACUUAAGGUCGAGGCGACAGAAGAGCCUUUGCCUGAAGUAAAAGAAGUCAAAGAGGAACCGAAAGAUGUUUCUGCUGAAGCACCUCAGGAGGAGACCGCUUCUGCCGAAGCCACCACCGAGGCACCGGCCGGCCCCGUCGAUGAAAACUAA